UAACAAAAGACGAGUGUCACACGAAGUGUUUUUUGUUGAGCCGAAUUGGCUUUCACUGCACCGUGCUUGUCGCUACUAUCUGUUGUCGUACCUGAGACGCGUCUCCCUUACCGCAUACCUGAGAAGCGCCUCCCUUUGCCCUCUCUGGGUGGGGUACCAGAACACAGGUGAUCGCGAGAUCUCGGGGGUGUGCGAUGGUGAUUCACAGAGAGGUCUUUUCGGAUUUACUGUGAAAAACAAAACACAGAACGAGGACGGCCACAUAAGUCAAAAUGAGCCAGCCGUCUAGACCUCACAGGGGACGAGACAGGAACGGCGAAAACAGAGAACACAACCGGGAACCCAGGGACCGAAGGGACCCACACAAUGGACGGCCUCCUAGUGACAGAGCCUCCACCCAGCCUCCCUACUACCCCCGGAGGAGCUCCACGCCCCCUCCCAAACACCACCGGGACCCCCCACGAGAGGAGCCGCAGGAGUCCAAAUGCAGUUACAUCUGCUCCAGGAGUGGCAUCGUGCUGAUCUGCGCAGUCCUGACCAACGCCCUGGUGCUGAUCUGCGUGGUGGCUGCGCAGAUGGUGAUGUCGGGCAUGUCGGCGAUGGGCGGCCUGGCGGCCGGGGGCUUCAACAUCAACUCGGCGUUCACCCCGUUCGAGGGCACCGAGCUGCAGCAGGUGCGUGAGCUGGACAUGCAGUACAGCCAGAUGAGGGCGCCGGGCAUCUACGGCGGCGUGGCCUUCAGCCUGACCAACGGCGUGGUGUCGCUGCUGUUCGUGGUGUCGGGGAACAGGCCGGCGCACCGCCUCUCGCCCAAGCUCCUGCCGGCCCAGUUCCUGUUCACGCUGCUGGGCUCGGUGGGCUACGUGGUGGCGGUGGGGCUCUACCUGCACUUCGUCAUCUCGGUCAACGCCACGGACGUGUGCAAGAGGCGGGAGCGUCUGUACGCGCGCAACGGGCAGAACUGGAUGAACUGCGACGUGGGCGGGGCGGACGCGGCCGUGGCCCUGUUCGGCCUCAUCACCGCCAUCCUGUACGCCAUCGCCUGCUGGCUGACCGGCAAGGCCAUCCGCGGCGUGCGCCGCUACAACCGCGAGCGGGCGCGGCACGAGGCCCGGAGGAACGCGGAGGGCAGCCCCCACCGGGGCGCGCAGCCCCAGAGGGCCCCGCUCAGGUCCAACGACAUCGCCAUCUGACCCGGCAACGCCAUCACCAUCUAACCCAGCAACGCUAUCUGACCCGGCAACGCCAUGGCCACCCGGCAACGCCAUGGCCAUCUGACCCGGCCGCGCACGCUGAAACUUUCCUGAAAUGUGACUUUUACUCCUGACAAAUUGUGACUUCGUUUUAAAAGCAGUCACAAUGUAUUUUUGACUUUUUUUCUCACAGUUGUGAGCUCCAAAUGACCUGUAAACAUUUUUUUCUAUUCCUUGUACAGAAACAAACUUCCAAUAGAACAUUGCAGUAAAAUUGCUUUGGAGUGCUACUAAUAUUAGCUUUUUACGUAUGCAGACAGUAGCCACCCAGACAGAUGAGUCUAGGUGCUGAUUUUGUCUGGAACGGUGGUAGCUGUCUGAUUUGUCCAGAAGGAUACCUCCCCCUGCUAUAUCAGUGGCACACGAGGACGGUAAGAUUUUUCCUGCAGCUGAGCUGCAUCACGGUUAUGUUUUAUGCAUAUUGCAACCGUUUCCAUUUGCCUUAAUGCACACUUAAAGCAGGUAUUUAGCAUUUUAAAGAACUCGACUUGGCAAACACUGUAAAAACAUUUUCAUAGUUUACUAACUUUGAUCGCUUUCCAUUGAAUUUGCCCAAUUUUGCACAAAAUUGGGAUUGUGACAUUGUAAGUUGCAUAAAUACAUCCAGAUGGAAAUAUUUUUAUGAACUGUAUAGUAGUUUCAUGUUUGUAAUGAAUAACAAAAUUUGGGAUUUUGACAUAGAUUCAUAAAAAUGCUUAUAUUUCUAUGAACUGUAUAAUAGUUUUUUUUAAAAUGUUUUUAAUGAAUAACAAAGUCAAUCGACAAGAUUCAGUGGAGUCACUUAUAAAGUCAAUAUUACGCAAGUCUAAUUUCCUUGUUUUUAUGUUGCAAUAUAAGUGAACUUUGCCCUCAGGAAGAAAUAAAAGCAAUUUCUUUUUAAA